AAUAAAAAUUUUCCUAUUCAUAAUGAUCAUUGAAAUUAUGAAUGUUUUUGGAUCAUCAAACAUUUUUGAAUUGCCCGAAACAAAUGUUUCAUCAAUUGGAUGGAAAUUAUCAGUUGAAAAAAUUUUUUCCGGUUCAAUAUCUUGUGGUUUAAAAUAUCUACCAAAAACAAUUGGAUUUUCAUUUCAUGAAAAUAAUAUUUUUCAAUUUAUAAAAGAUAAUGAUCUUAAAGUUAUUGUUUAUCCAAGAAUUUGGUCACAUAUUAAAGAAAGUAAACAAAAAAUUCAAUUUGAUCUAUCAAUUGGUCGAAGAUAUUAUUUGGCUGAAAUCGAUAGAUCAAUGAGAGAAUUUUUAACAAGAUUUGAUCAACAUUCACAUGCACAUGCAAUGGCAAUUGUAGCCAAAACUAGUGAUAUAUCAUUAUUUGCCUUUCUUUUUCAUCAAAAUGAUAAUAAUUUUACAUAUGGUUAUCAUUUAUCAUCAGAAAAAAAUAUAAACGUUGGUAAUAUGGAUGAUUGUGAUUUCAAUCCAAAUUGUCCAUCAUCAUUUGCAUCAAUAAUUAUGAUCAAUACAGAUACCAAAAUUUUUAUUCUUACAACAAAAAUGCUUAAUGAUUCAAGUAAAAAUUCAUUACAAAAUUUUCAUCUUGAUAAAAUUAUCGGUUAUUUUUGUAUGUUGAAAGAGCAAAAAAAUCAAAUAAUAUUAUCCAAAACACCUUGUAAAAUUGAUAAUCAUAAUUUAAAUGAAAAUGAUCGAUUGAUUCAUUUUGAUUAUGGAUUUGUUUUCAAUCAUCAACUAUAUUUGAUUGAUAAAAAAAACAAUGAGGUAUGGGAAAUUGAUUCGAAAAUUUUAAGUCAUCAUGGAAAAAAAUCUUCCAUAAUCAUUAGAAAAAUGGAUGAUGUUUUUUAUUGUUCACCAAACCAUACUGAAACAAUGAAACCAACUACGAUCAAUAUCCAAACAACAAAUAUCAAAACAAAGAUGAUCAGUUUAACUACCAAACCGAUUAUUCGCAUUACCACCACCACCACCACAGUCAGUCGGCCGACCGAAAAAUCUUCAAAUUAUAAUUCAUUAAUAAUUGCAAUCAUAGUGUACAUUGGCAUAAUAUCAAUCGGUUUAACAUUAUUCAUAUAUUUUAAACGUAAUUUAAUAAUUGAUGAAUAUGUUAAAAUGACAAAAAGAUCGGUUCCAUUAUCACGUUUUUCAUUAUUUCGUUCGGGUAUUCGUUCGAAACGUAUGCGUUCAGCUAUUGGUGGUUGGGGAAGAAGUAAUUCAUCGAAUCGUUCAACUAUUCUUUCUACAGAAUUAACAUCUAAUAUAUAACAGUUUUUUUUUCUAUCUCAAUUUUUAAUGUUAAUUUUAUU